AUGUUCCUCAAGCGCAACGACGAGAGUUUGCAGCCUAAGGGCAAUGAAGACUCAGCACAGCUACAGCAAAUGCUUACCUCCUGCAUGAUUAAUCGUCAAAUCCUGUGUUGUAUUGCUGGCGUUUUGAUUGGCAUUCCUAUUAGUAUCCAGCGGAAAUCCUACAAACCUUUUGCUAUUUUGGGUGUCUUAGGCUCGUUUGUGGAUUACUCGAUCCCGUAUACAACAGACUGCCGUAGAAUUCAAAAUGCCAUGCAAUUGUCACUACAGCAAGAGAUACAAAGAGACACUGCAAAACCAUCUUCAGAAACCUCUUCGGUCUGA